AUCUCCUCAAAGUUUGUCUCAUCUGAUCUUUGAAGAACUACUACAUUAAGCAUCUAGCGCAGCGAAAGCUGCGCUAUUCUUCACUUCAAGCCACUCCGCACGUCGUCGGUGGCAGCAUCGGCUCAAGUGGUGGAACGUUCUCUGCCCAAUUAAGGAGAGACGUCAGCGAAUUCAAUUCAUAUCUACACAGUCUCAUACCUUUUUGCCGUUUUUAGUCGUGAUCAUAUCUCUCUUAAUAUAUUUCUAUAAAAAAAAAAGUCUGUCACAAUGGCCUCAGCUCAUUCUCAAGCUCUCCAAAAUUUCAUCCUCACGCCCCAGCAGCAGAACCUGCUCUUCCGCGCUCUUACUUCAAAUCAACCGGGUGGCAGUAACAACAGCCCGAACAAUGGACUGUCUCUCUCACCUGAGUCAUCGACGAAGUCGCCUGUCCAGAACCAGCAAGGUACCCCAAACAUAGAUGUUCAGAACAGCAUUUCCAAUGGCAUUCACGAGAGUCCUUUCUUGGACUACGACUACGACCUAGGACCCGACACUAGUUUCGAUUUCGAUUUUACCCAUGACGGUCAGGCAAAGAUGAUUGGAGAUCUCCCAGGUACUUCGCCAGGUACUUCGCCAAAGGAAAAUUCCAAAUCUAGUUCUCCCGAAAACGAUAGUCCCGAUAAGAGAAGUCAUCCCGAUGACGACGACGAUGAUGACACAGAAGAGGGAGGAGGCAAGCGGAGGGAGGGCGAGGGAAAGAUACCCAAGAAACCCGGCCGCAAGCCACUUACGAACGAGCCCAGUUCGAAGAGAAAGGCCCAAAAUCGCGCUGCCCAGCGCGCAUUCCGGGAGCGCAAGGAGAAGCACCUAAAAGACCUCGAGACGAAGGUGGAGGAGCUCGAGAAAGCAGAAGCGGCGACGAGCAACGAGAACUCGCAGUUGCGAGCCCAGAUUGAAAAGCUGACGAUGGAACUCAAUGAGUAUAAGAAAAAGUUGACGCUAUUAAGCAGCCCUCAUUCAAUUCCCAACACCAAACGAAGCUCAGUUUUUGGUCAAGCUGCAAUUCAAAAUCUCAACGACGUCAACUUCCAAUUCGAGUUUCCCAAGUUUGGUGUCCUUCCUGGCCCUCAGAACUCGCCAAAGACUAUCUCCAAUUCGGUCUAUUACUCGCCGCCUUCGUCUAGUAAAAGCCCCAACAGUCAGGCCAACUCACCAGACAAGUCCAAAGAUCAAGCGACACCCAACUCCACGAAGAGCCGGGAGAACUCUGACGCUUCAUCUAAGGAUGUAUCAUCCAAGUCUUCUGGGUCCCCCUACGAUAGUACGUUCGGCGCCAACGUAUCAAGAACUAGUUUGGACUCCUGCCAUUACAGCGUGAAUGGGGCUAAUACUGAUUCGCCUUGUUCGUCAACAGCGAACUCGAACACGGGCCCUAGCUCUUCGUGCGGAACCUCUCCUGAACCGCUGACGCAGUCACCAGUAGGAUUCAAGCCGGUAGACACCCUCACUACCAUUGGAGAGGAACAACCAACACUGACAAGCGACUCUAUGUCUCAUUUCAACAACUUCAGCAAUAUGGAUUUCUCUAGCAUGGAUUGGUUGUCGCAACAGAACGGGGGCCAGUUUGAUCCGCAGCUCUUCGGCGACUACCGGGAGCCUCAGGACAACAUUUUAGCAACCGCCACUUUCGAUGAUAGCUUCUUCAAUGAUGCCUUCGAUGUCGAUUUCACCACGCCAUACAACGUACCGACGACAUCUAGUAACAACAAUAACACUCCCAGAAAGAAUCUAAUUGCCGAAAUUGAUGCCAGGAAGGAGUCGGAGGAUACCAUAGUCUCAUCCAACGGCAAGCUGCUCACGUGUAAUAACAUUUGGGAGAAGUUGCAAGCGUGUCCCAGGGUUCAGUCGGGCGAUCUCGAUCUAGACGGAUUAUGCUCGGACCUGCAGAAGAAAGCUAAGUGUGGCGGUUCUGGUGCCGUUGUCGACGAACAUGAUUUCAAGGCAGUUAUGACAAAAUACCUUGGCCUCGACGCCGAGGCGUGUACCGCAUAGUUCCCGCGUGCCACUGUUAAAUACUUCCUAUGUAUACAAAUAUAGGGAGCUACUUAGGGAGCUCUCAAAAAAGGACCUCCCUACUCUUGUGCCAUCACCA